AUGAUAUUAAAACUUCGUGUUAGACAUAAUGGAUGUUAUAAAUGUCUUGUUGGAAAAACUGCUAUUGUUACUGGUUCCAACAGAGGAAUUGGUUACAUGACAGCAUUAGAUUUUGCAAAAAGAGGUUGUAAAGUAACAUUAGCUUGUAGAAAUAAAGAGAAAACUGAAGCGGCAAUUUACAAAAUUCGAAAAGAAACAAAAAAUGAAAACGUGAUCUUCAAACAUCUCGAUUUAUCUUCUUUUAAAUCGAUAAGAGAUUUUGCUCGAGAUUUUUGCUCGUAUUUGACCCCAUUUGAAGGUGUUCAAACAUCGAUUUAUGUUGCAUUAUCUGAUGAUUUAGAAGGUGUUAGUGGAAGAUUAUUUGAUAACUGUCGUGAAGUUGAGAUGUAUUCAAACGCUAAGGAUCCGAAAAUAGCAAAGAAACUUUGGGAAAUGUGUGAAAAAUGGUGUGGACUGCAGGAAAAUGAAAAAAUUUAA